GAAGAGAUAGUAAUCUCAUUUUAUUUCAGCCACAAAUCCGUCUCUGUCGACCGAUAAAAGUAUGACAAAUAAAACAGAUAAAAAUAGAGGAUUCAAGACCGCCGAUGAUGGGCGUCUUAUUAUAGAUGCUAAUGAUGAUUCUUCAGAUAGUGAAAGAGAAAAUAAAAAGAGGAAGAAAUUCAUUUCUUUAUCCGAUACAGAUGAAGAUAGUGAAGAAGAUAUGAGUUCAGCGGAAACCGCUAUUUUGACAAACAGGAAACGUAAGAGAAACACUACCGACAGUUUAAAAAGUGGAUUUAGUGGUAAAAGUCAGCCACCUUCCAAAUACAAACCUGGAGGUUCAGGAAUUCAUAGAGAUGUAUCAACUUCAUCUAUGUACAGUGGUACUGGCGGCUCUGAAUACAAAGCAAAGAAGGCCGGAGGUGAUAUAAAAAAGAAAGACAAAGCCGAUCCCUAUGCCUACUUACCAUUAAAACGCAAUUUCUUAAAUAAAAGAAAAAAGGCCAAACUCCGAGGUCAGUUUAAAAAUAUUGUAAAAUCUGCAAAGAUCGGCGCAAAAAAAGGAUCAAAGGCGAAUAAAAAAAUAAAAAAACAAUAAAUACUUAGAUUGUAUUUAAUAAUUUAUUGGAAAUUAAAUGUUACAGUAAAAUAAAGUAGAAAACUAUUUUUUUUUGUGCUAAUUACUGCAAAUUUUGGGAGAUAUUCAAUCGCAAUAUUUGAAGGCAAAAUAACAGCAUCAAACAAAAAGUUGAAUUAUAAAAAUGCAAUUACU